AUGUCUAUUCCGCAAUAUAUACCACCAAUCAUCUGGAAGUUGUGGCAGUCCUACGGAACACGAGGAGCUGUUGCUUCAACAUCUACAUACCAUGUCUACGGAUAUGAUGUUUACUCUGGGGAGCUCUUUGAAACGUUCCCUGAAAUUGUGGAUCAGAAAACUCAGUCCAUAUUCCAGGAUUUCGACGUACCUUCAUUUCUAUAUCCCGCCGUCCGUGCUUUCUUGCACGAAGCAGAAAAGGCGUUUUGCUCUCUCGAGACUCGAACCGAAGCUAUAAUUACCCAUAUCGCUGACACCAUCUCAUCCUCCACCCUUACCUCCCCCAAGGUCAUCCUGGAUCGCGAAGCUUUCCUCACGAUCAUCAAGUUCUUCACAUUCGUGCGCUUCCGAAAUAGCGCACAUUACAGAAAGGUAGUAGAGACCUUGAUGCAGCCUGGUGUUACGUUACGGAAGAACAGCCGCAUCGAAAGAAUCAAACCUGCCUGCAACGCAUUCAUUCAACAACUUCGUUACCAGGCACUCUUUCAAACCUUUACGCGUUUCUUCAACGCGGAUACAUCGACCAUCCAGUCUCGCCUCCAGUCGAAGAUGUUAGCGACCAGGCCGCCAUCAUCACUGCCAAUUUUUCGCACUCGAAUCCUCACAGAGCCUCAGCAGAUCCGUGAAGAUCCGUGGAUCGAGGAUUUCAAUUUUCAUUGCUGGGAGUUUUGUCGAAAGGCAGAAGUUUAUCUUGGUAUCGCGUCGGAAGCCGAUCAAGAGUAUAUUCUGCCAGAUACUUGCUUUGGGACGCUCGAUGAGAGCUUUGGUGGCGGGGCUGGCGGAGAGGAAAGGGAUCCCAAAACUGAAUCCUUGGACUCUUUCUUCCCCAUUCUACCCACUGUUUCCGUGUACAUCCUUCGUGGGGAAAAGACGUGGAUAUGUAGCCAAUGUCAGGGUUCAAUUGUGAUUGAUGUUACGGAAGAGUUAGCUCUUGAUGUGCAUCUUCGCAAUGCUAUGGUUCUUUCCACGGUUCCUUACUUUAGGAAUCGUAUCACCCAACGAUUUCGUUCCUUCAAUACUCCACCAAUCACCCCACUGUUCCAUUCACCCGCGCUGAAACCCGUUUGCACCGAAUAUUUCGAUGAAUAUAUCGAUGGCCACUAUGUCUGUGGUCCAAAGAUCUAUUUUUCGUCGUUGCUAUCCAUUACGGAGUCUAUAUCCUCCUACGACGAAUUUCGUUGUCGAUGGAUUGCGGAUACGUUCGUGGACUAUACGCGACUCAAACAACGAUGCAGGCAGAAGUUUGAGAAGGAAGGAGUACUCAAAAUGCUUAAUGUCAAGGGAAACUUAAGCAUCCACGAUCUCACAGACGAGGUUGAGCUUAUUAGCAGCACUGCCUUGUGCUGCGGAGGCUUCAGCGAUGUUUGGAAAGGAGAAUGGUUCGAUCCCGUCGAAAAGAAGAAAAGAACUGUCGCAAUCAAGUACCUUCGCCAAGUGAUGUUCCAAGACGCUCGUGAAGAGUUUCUAAAGAGAUUACACGCAGAGGUGAUUACCUGGCACCAGUUAGCUCACCGAAACCUCGCGUCAUUGUACGGUUUGGUGCAAAGUCCUACCAGCAUAGGCAUGGUUUCGCUUUGA